AUGUCAAGAAGAGGCUUACGAGAUGAAGAAAUCGAACGAUUAUUGUGUGAAAUUCCAUCAGACGAGGAUUCCACUGUUGACACCACAGAUGACGAAUCUGAUUAUGAAGCAAGCAUUGUUGCGGAGGCUAUUGUGUCGUCUGAAGGCGAAGUUUCAGAGAGCGAGGAAGAAAGUGAGUCCACUCCGCCAAAACGCGCUGCUGACACAGCGCCAACUUGGGGACAACAAUUCAAUGCUACCUCAGGAAUGCAGUUCGACAGUGAAUCAGGACCAAGUGCUUUUAUUAGGGACAUUGAUGAUCCAGAACCUAUCGAUAUAUUCGAAAAAAUAUUUCCAAAAGAGCUAGUUCAGCUAAUCGUUUUCCAAACAAAUUUAUAUGCGACGCAAUCUGGCAAGUCUUUCACUCCAACAACUGACAAUGAAAUACGAACUUUCCUGGGAAUCAACAUUUUGAUGGGUAUAAAGCGUAUGCCAGCAUACAGAGACUACUGGUCUAGUGCCCCAGAACUUCAUGAUCGUUAUAUUGCAUCUCUGAUGGCAGUAAAUCGGUUUGGAUGGUUACUGAGGAACAUUCAUCUGAAUGAUAACACAUUGCAUCCAGAAAAAGGACACCCAGGUUAUGACAAACUGUACAAGCUGCGACCAGUGAUCAAGAUACUAUCUGAAUCUUUUUCCAAGUGUUACCAACCCAGCAAACACCUAGCAAUUGAUGAGUCAAUGAUCAAAUUCAAAGGCCGCAACAGUAUGAAACAAUACAUGAGAGAUAAACCCAUAAAGCGUGGUUACAAAGUGUGGAUGCUGUGUGACAAGACCUCUUACAACUUGAAAUUUGAUAUUUACACCGGAAAAUACAUUGAUCGUGGUGGUAGGUGCCGAUCAACGCCCCCAAGGCAAAGGACAGAGACGACUGAUGAAGUGUGUUGGGAUCAGCAGGCGGCCGUGGGGCGGCGGUCAGAUGAGCUUACAUGA